AUGACGACCCCGCGACCGCCGCCGCGGUCUCAACAUUGGCCGCUGGCCGCACCGAACAGGCCGUCUCCAAGCCGGACGUCGUCAAGCAGAUCCUCGUCAAAGCGAUCGGUGUCGUCCGUCUCGAGGAACUCAUCUCCGACCAAGCAGCUGCGCCUUGCCGAGCUCGACAAGAACGGCUACACCCGACGUGCCUUCCCCCUCGACACAAGCGGUCUACCGACAAGCUUGCAGGCCCUUCUCGAGAGAUUAGAAGAAAUCGAUAGCGGCGAAACUAGACUUCCGUACGAAUGGUGGGACCAGUCUCUCAAACAAGCUGACCAAGAAUCGCAAUCGCGCUCUCGCCCUGACGUGCCACUGGCAGCCUUCAUCACUCGCGUGAUCCAGCGUGCUAUCGAGUGCGACGAGAACAACGAGUUAGAGUGCGUCUGGAGCGAUCAGGUCUAUCGUCAGAUCCUCUCGUGGGUACUCAGACCAAAAGAUGACCUUUCUGGGCUCGUCGACUUCCACGCCUGCACCUCCUCCAGGAUCAACCGCGCGUUCAGCCCCUCCACACUGCCUCCGAAGAUGGUGGACUAUUGCUUGGUCCUCAAAUCUGGGGCUGGUAGCGACAUCUCUCGCCAGAUCGACAUGCUACGCGCAUCCCGCCCUGGCAUCUCCAUUAACCACACAGACUCGGGAGCUCUGUGCAAGUAUCCAAUCGGCCUUUCCCUUGAAUUUAAGAGUCCCGAGGGCAGUACUACGGAGGCAGAGGUCCAAAUGGGAACCUGGCAUGCGGCACAGUUACGAAGUCUCCUUCACCAAUGUCCCGACGCGUCCUUUCAGGCCAUCGAGUUCCUCCCCGGCAUCAUCGUCCACGGCCAUGAGUGGUACUUUGUCGCGACCGUUCCCCCGCGACCGUCGACGUCUCGGGAUCCGUUCUUGGUCGGUGUCAAUACCCCAACACUCUAUUCAAGGAUAUCUCUUGGGUCGACAUCCAAGGCCAGAGGCGUCUGCAAGAUCAUUUCGUCCCUACGAUGCCUUGUGACCUGGCUGGAGGAAGAAUAUUGGUCGGCGUUCCAGAAACAGGUCCUGCAGCAUCAGACGCCCUAG